AUGCCUCUCGGGCUCAGAACUGUACCUGACAAGCUUGUGUGGCAGUCUGGAGUAUUUACUGUGAAAUCAGGGUACUGGGUGGCUAGAGAUAUGCAGCUUUGGAAAUUGGGUUCUAUCGCAAGCUCAAGUCAGGAUGGAAAAUUAUUGAAGAUCCUUGUUGCUGGCAGUGUGGAGGCUCGCAGGAAUCUGAAUCUUCACAGACAUGGAGAGAGAUGUCUGGGACCUGGGGAGCUAUUCCAAGUUGCAAUUGACUGGCAACACGAGUUUGAAAAGACUGCCUUGAAGCCGCAGGAAACAAAGAUGGCAGUUCCUUCAAGCCUGGUUCACUGGAAACCACCUACUGAGAGUUGUCUCAAGAUGAACUUCGAUGGAGCCUGUGAUUUAAAGAACGGACUUUGUGGCCUGGGAGUAAUUUUUAGGGACAGCCAAGGAGUAAUGAAAGUUGCAAUGGCAGUCCCACAAGUUGGGAAUCUCCCCCCUAGAUCGGUGGAAGUUUUGGCCUUGUUGCAUGGUCUUCGAUUUGCGCUGCACGUGGGUUUUCUCAACAUCGAAGUUGAAGGUGAUGCACUCUCAGUGAUUAAUAGUUUUAAGGAUAGUUUUGAUGAUUUAAGUUUUGAGGGACAUAUUAUUGAUGAAGUAAAGUCUCUAGUUCAGUCUUUUAAUUCAUGUAGUGGGUACUUUGUGAAACGGGAAGGCAAUGCCAUUGCUCACCGAUUAGCAAAGGAAGCCUUGAGAAUUAGUCAGCCUUUUCUUUGUUUGGAGUCGGGGCCUGAGUGGCUCCAUCAGUGCGUCAAUAUGGACUUUCAGUGUGAAGUCUAG